AUGUCUUUAGAUGAAAUCUUUCAAAUGAAUUUUGAUCUUGAAAAUAUAAACAAUAAUUUUUCUCAAGAAAAUUUUACACCUGUUUUUGAUGAUGAUGAUUCUUUGUCUAUUGCUAUUGAAGAACAUGAACAGCACUCAGAAGAACAAAAACAAUGUUCUCUGAAAUAA